CUUCCACCAUCAUCUCCUCCGCCCGUUCUCCAGCUCGACGAGCAGACCAUCGCAGUCGCGGGUCGCUCGUGGUCGUCGUCGCUUUUGCUCUCGUUGCGCUGAUUGUUUCCGUUCUUUCAAUGACCUCCACCCGAGCCCCCGUCCCACCAGUCGACCUCAAGGCCCGUAUCGCCGCAUUCCAAGAACAGCAGAAGGCCAAUGCGGCCAAGCAGCCCCACUCCAACGCCUCCCAGACACUCCCGAAGCCGUCCGCUGCUGGGGCGGGUAACUUCCGUGAUCGUAUAGCCUCUUUCGAGAAACAGGGUGCGGUCCCCGUCCCGAAGAGCAGGUUCGGCUUUGCUCCCAUACACCAGGAUGAGCAGGCCCCGCAGAAGCGAGGUGAGCUGUACGGCAACCGUGUCCCCGGCCUCUCGCGCCCGAACAUCCCCGUCCCCCCGAGCACCAAGGGCAAGAGGGAUACGUCAAGGCCACGCGACUUCGAACGCUAUGUCACCUCUCCCAGUCCACCCGGCUCCCCGUUCCUCAUGUCCGAUAACGGCGAGUCGAUAGGAGAGGUGCUGUCGGAUGGAGAUAUGCUUUCGGCGGAUGAUCCGUCGGGAGCGAGACUAGAAGAGGCUCAACUCGCAGCGUCGGCGCAGUUAUCUCCGCCUUUGUUGGACGACCCUUCCCCCGCGCAUGGAGGAGACCCGCCUGAGGUGGCACCCCCGGCUGAUGAGGCCAGUGCAUCUACUACUGUCGAACAGACUGAUGAGGUCGCAGCGUCCGGCGACGACGAACUCCCUACACCAUCCGUCGUCGUCUCGCCCUCGGAACCCGUAACGACUGAGCCAGCUCAAGCCGAUGUGCUGGUGCCCACGACAGAACUCGCCCCUCCGCCUAGCGAGAGCAUCAAUGAGCCGGCGGACGUGUCUUCUGAACAACCCUCGGAAUUGCAAGAUGGAGAGGACGAAUCUUCCGCUUUAGAUCCCGCAGUACUGGCCGCUAUUGCACAACUCGACAGGGCGACACAGUCUGGAGAUGCCGGUGCCGUCAUCGUGCCCGCGGAGACCUUGGAGACCAUUGCAUCAUUGGACACGGAGCAACAGAAGUCUGUGCAGGACAUGCUCGAUCAGCUGCUGCUUCAGCAAGAUGCCAUUGACAUCGCGACACCUAUCAAGCAACGGUUCUCGCUCAACGGCCAGCUCUCGUCCCAGGAUGUUCUGGACUACCUUGCGCAGCAGAGCAAUAUCGCGAAGGACGCGGAUCCGUCCACACCUCCGCGCAAGAACUCCGCUGCGGGCGCUCCUGCAGCGCAGUCCAACCAAUACCUGUCCCCUACCGCCGUCCCCGCCAGCUACUCCGUGGAUAGCCCGUUGAGUAGCGAAGAGCCUCUCUCACCGGCGAGUGACAUCUACUCCUCAUACUAUGCCGCGACCCCCGCAGUCAGCGAACAGUACCGUCGCGCUCUUCCAGCCAUUCCGGAAGCGCCAGACUCUCCCAUUCCGUCGAGGGUGCCUCGCAGGGGUACCUUUGGUCCUGAUUCGGACGAAACCUCAGGCGGUAGCUCCGCACCGACGUCCGCUCCCAUCAGGACUCCCAGUGAUGACGGGAGGUUCUCUUCGCAGCAAGACAUGACGAGCAGGAAGAGUCAGGGCAGUGUUACUCCCAGUGACGGCAUGGUGAGGAUCGCUGGCACCCCUCCACCUCGGGUAACUUCUCCUCCACUCUCCGUCGUGAUUCCCCAGCCCGUCAUUGCUUCGCCGCCUCCGCCGACGAGGAUCCCUCAACCGGUCAUCAGACAGCCAGAGCAGCCUCCGGCCCCGAAGAAGGUUGACCCUGUAGUCAUCAACGAGCCCGCCCGUCGGCGCUCACCAACGGUCUCGCGCGACUCUCUUGCAGCUACAAACUCUGCAAGUGGGUCAUCGUCAUCAUCACCUGCAUCAGCGUACUCUCCCAACUCCAACUAUUCGGAUGGAACGUCCCCCUCGUCGACGGGCGUUGUGUCGCGGAAACCCUCAGCGCGGAAAUCCCGGAGUACGCUCUCUCCUGCACCACCCAGCGCGCCCUUUGAGGAGCCUGAGCUCACGCCCAUCGAGGGCCCUCGGGGCUUCCACGCGGUAGUGCACAGGAAGGUGAUCGAGGGCAAGAGCCGGCCAGUGAGUAUAAACGUCUCAUACCCCGACCUCCCCUCUCCUUCGCCCUUGAACCCGACUGGCAUGAGUGACCUUGCGGCCCUCCUUGCUGACGCUGUGGUGUUCGAGGAACGGCUGGCGGACUACCGCUCUCCGGCGAAGAAAUCGCGCCCAGGUCCCCAGUCGGCGAUGCCUGCGCCUCCUGGCGGACGUCCGUCGUCUGAUAGACCCAGGCCCACGCAGGACUUGCCAGAGUCUCCGGAGGACCGGGACGCCUUUGCUCGUUUGUCGCAGGAUCGGAGCGCUGCACGGACCUCCCACUCCAGUGGCCGGCCUCUCCCUGCGCAGCCGCGUCCCUCUUCUCGGCCUUCGGCUGAGCGCAGUGUGGAACGCGAUUCCGAGCGUACCAUCCAGCGGAAAGCCUCACGACCUUCGCUGGACCGUAUGCCGUCAAGGCCAUCACUUGACCAGUCGAAUUCGGCGCGACCGUCAGUCGACAGCACUUCGUCAUCGCGGCCGCAAUUGCAGCCGAUGUUCUUGACGGCGGACCCGAAUGCCGUUCGCGUCCCUCUGCCUCCCCGACCGAAGAGCGCUCUUGCGCAUUCAUCGGCGGCGUCGAUACGCAGCAAUGCGUCAACUCCACCGCCUCCACCCCCACCGAAGAGCCCGCCUCGGACAGGGUACCUCACGAACCUACUCUCGCGUGCCAAGAGCUCGAGCAAUCUCCGGCUGCCAGCCGACUCCCGCGAUAGCAUGGGGUCGUCAUCGGAGGACUCGGUCAUGGUUGCGACCCCGCCGACACCACCAUACGAGCCGUCGAUCAGUGAAACUGGAUCGAUGCGACGCAGUUCGACGAUGUUCAAGAACAGCUUUUCUCGUGCGAGUAACUUUGCCGACAGGCUGCUACACAGGAAAGAGGGUAGCCAACAGGGCCCUGAUGCUGGUAUUGCCUCUGGAGACAUAGACGACGACGAUGGUCAAGGAGGUCAACGGGCCCUCCCUCGCCCUCCUCGUCCCCUUCCCCUCCCGCCCCAAGCUAUGCCACCGCAGGGCAACCUUCCGCCUGUCCCCGGCAACUCUCACCCCAAACCAAACAACCUUGCACCGAUACCCCCUCCAGGACAGCCCUCGCUCUCCCGCCGCGGAUCGUCGAAGUCCAUGGCAAGCGUCUCAACAACAGGCAUCUCCGAGGCGCUCGAUACCGCCGGUAUAUACGACUCCUUCCCCACCGUCCCCGAAAGUGUGCCGCGCACCAGUGUGUCCCGAUCCGGCCUGCCCUCGGGGCCGGCUGCAUAUACCUCGCCCCGCCCCGCACCUCUCCCGCCGCUCCCUCCUCCGAACCAACCGCUCCCUCCACCCCCCUCUCAGCCGCUCCCGGCGCCCCCACGAGGGGCAUCCAUGAUGGCGCCCAACAGGCAUCUUGGCGUCCGUAUUCGCGUGAGCGGAAAGUUUGCGAAAAGUCCGAAGGGUAUCUUGGUCACAUAA